UUUACUAUAAUGUUAGAUUUAAUAUUCAUCACUUUUUACAAUUGAAUAUAUAAAUAUUAGUGUACAUACCAAUAAAUAUUCUAUUUUACUGGAUUCCCUCUUUUUUUAUUGGUUGCAAUGGUAACCGAAUAGGAUGGCAUGUGACUUGAUCUUUUUUUUUCUUUUUUUGUUACUGAAAGGGGAUGUAAUCAUGCGAUUCCACUUUUUACCACCAUUUGUAAAUUCUUCUACACCAACUACUGGAUCAAUAGGAACAACUGAAACAACAGUAUCAUCGUUAGGUUUAUCUUCAACAACAUUAGAUGAAUGUUCAGCAAAAUAUCAAAUAAUUGGAAAUUAUCGAUUAACAAAAACGAUCGGUCGAGGUGUUUCUGGUAAAGUCAAACUUGGAAUUCAUAUACAUACUGGGGAACAAGUAGCGAUCAAAAUCAUUCCAAGACAUACAAUGAAUCAAUCUUCUAUUGUGGCUCAAGCUGUUGAACGUGAAUUGGCUAUUCUUCAAUUACUUGAUCAUCCACAUUUAGUAGAAUUACAACAAGUAAUGCAAGAUUCUACUAAUGUUUAUUUUGUUAUGGAAUAUAUGGAUGGUGGCGAAUUACAUCAAGUUUUGACCCAAAGACGUGGUCGUCGACUUUCUGAACAUGAAGCUAGAUCAUAUUUUACACAAAUCACAAAUGCUUUAGCUUGGUGUCAUACACAUCAUAUCUGUCAUCGCGACCUGAAACUAGAGAAUAUUUUAUUGAACAAAAACAAAAAAACGAUCAAGAUUGCAGAUUUCGGUAUGGCCAUCAUGCAACCAACUUCAACGUUACUUCGAACAAGUUGCGGAUCACCGCACUACGCUAGUCCAGAAAUCAUCAAGGGCAUCCCAUAUCAUGGACCGGCAACUGAUGUAUGGUCUUGUGGUGUUAUAUUAUAUAUUUUAUUGACAGGUUAUCAUCCUUUUGAAGAUAAACGAACAAGUCGUUUGCUUUACAAGAUCAAGUCUGGACAAUAUAGACGAUUACCGAGUGAUAUUUCUUCUUCGGCAAAAGAUUUACUUGAAAAAAUGUUGACGGUGAACCCAUCCAAAAGAAUCAAUAUUCAUGAUGUCCUGGCCCAUGCAUGGAUGUUACCUCAGUCACAAUUUGGUGGGUUUCCCGAUCCUUGGUUCCAAUACGAUCAGCUUACUUGUCCACUGGUCAAUCAAUCAUGUGUUAUAGAAGGUUGGGUUUGGGAAACUUUGAAGAUUCUUUGGCGUGAUAUGGGAACUGACCGUAUAUUGGCAUCCUUGAAAUCUCAUGGUCCUAACGUUCAAAAACUUACUUAUCGUCUAUUGGUUCAACGCAAUGAUCGAUUACUUGGCAGAAGUAUUAGCAACGAUAAUAAUGACAAUAAUGAUAAUAGCACUAACAACAAUAACAACAACAGUAGCUCUUCUGGAAAGAAUAUUAUACCUAUACCUGUCUCAACAACAGCUCCUAUUAUCAGCCCAGGUUCAUACCUUUCAAAUUCCACCACUCUAUAUGAAUCAUCGUCACCACCAUUCUCUCCAACUUGUUGGUCUACGGAAACAACAAAACCAAUCUCUCUGACUGGCACAAAAAACACAUCUAUGACCAAUCCCAUGUAUUCUCACCAGCCUAUACAUUUGUGCACGGAGAAACAAGAUGACCGUGUAUCAUCAAGUACUAGUAUACUUACAAUCAAUACUAGCUCAAUUCCACCAUUAUUGCCACUACCAUCACUAUUAGAACAACAACAGCUCAAGACUUAUGACAGUAAACAACAUCGUCAUCUAUUAUGGUAUCCUUUUUAUUUUAAUUGCAAAACAAAUCGAUUGAUGCAACAUACUGUUAAAUCAGCUAACGUUAUGCCUUCAUUAUCAUUUGGAUCAACCCCUCUAUCUCUCAGCAAUACGACUGAUUCUGCAUUUUCACCAUCAUCGACUACAAUAUCUGUAUUGAACGCAUCCCGAUCAGCAUUAUCACUGUCAGUAUCACCUUCUACGUUGGAUACUUCCUCUUUUUCCUUUACAACUGGAGAGCUAUUUGGGAACACUGUACGUUACUGUAAACGUUUAUAUCAGCAAACACAUUCACUUUUAUCUGGAAUUGUUGGUAAAAAAGGUGUGCCCACCAAGGUGUUUGCUAUUGGAUGUUCAGCAAGAAAUGCAUGGGAAGCUGCAGGAAAGCUUCAUCAAGUGUUGGAGGAGAAUUAUUCUGGGAGACUUUGUCAUCGUGGUUACUCUUAUGGUCAAAUGGUGUGGACUGGCUCUAUACAACUAUCAGAUGAAAAGAAAGGACUUUAUUUUGUUUGUUAUAUUCCAAAUGUAUCAUCAGCACGACGAGUGAGAGUCAACUUCUCUCUGGUCAAAGGUGAUGCUAUGAUGAUGAAGGAAGCUAUGGAACAAUUAUUGAAAACUUUGAAUGAAUAUGAACGACAGGCUAUGAUGGUGACAAAUGCAAAUGGAUGGCAACAACAACAACGACAAUAGAAACAUCAUACCCAGUGGAACAGUGAAAUCCCAAGAUGAACAAAGUGAUAGAUAUACAUAUAUCAAAUUAGUGACCUUUCAUGAUAUAUAUAACUAGUUUCUAAUAUUACCAAAUUUAUAUAAUUAAAUACUUGACAGUACAAAU